ACAGAGACUAGCGAAGCUCUAUCUCUUUCACUUCACUUUGCCUUCUCCUUCGUCAUUUCUCUUGGGGGACACUGCUCCGGCGAUCAUCUACCAUGAUCAGGUUUAUCGUAAACAGAGGAGUGCAAGCUUCGACUUCGCGGAAGUCUCUUGCCUUUUUCAGCCUCUCACGGUCUGCUCAUUCAUCAUUUGCAACUGUUGAAGUUGAAGAGAUAUCAGGCUCCAGACCUGCUGAAGUUCAAAACUUGGUGCAAGGUAAAUGGAUAGGAUCCUCGAAGUGGAACACUAUUGUGGAUCCUUUAAAUGGAGAGCCCUUUAUUAAAGUUGCUGAUGUUGAUGAAACGGGCAUUCAGCCUUUUGUGGAAAGCUUGUCCAGCUGUCCGAAACAUGGUCUGCACAAUCCCUUUAAAGAACCAGAGAGAUAUCUUUUGUUUGGAGAAAUAUCUGCUAAGGCAGCUCACAUGCUAUCACUUCCAAAGGUUUCAGAUUUCUUUACAAGGCUAAUACAACGGGUUUCUCCAAAGAGUUAUGCACAGGCUCAUGCAGAAGUUUAUGUAACAAGCAAGUUUCUAGAGAAUUUUUCGGGAGAUCAGGUUCGUUUCUUGGCAAGGUCUUUUGCAGUACCUGGAAAUCACCUUGGACAGCAGAGUCAUGGUUUUCGCUGGCCAUAUGGCCCAGUGGCACUCAUUACUCCUUUUAAUUUUCCCUUAGAGAUACCAGUCCUUCAGUUAAUGGGUGCACUUUACAUGGGCAACAAACCAGUUCUUAAAGUUGACAGCAAGGUGAGCAUCGUCAUGGACCAAAUGCUACGUCUGCUUCAUUGCUGUGGGUUGCCUGUUGAAGAUGUUGACUUCAUCAAUUCUGAUGGAAAGACAAUGAACAAGCUAUUGCUGGAGGCAAAACCCCGAAUGACCCUUUUCACUGGUAGCUCAAGAGUGGCUGAAAAAUUGGCCCUUGAUUUAAAGGGCCGCAUUAAAUUGGAAGAUGCUGGAUUUGACUGGAAAAUACUGGGCCCUGAUGUCCAAGAGGAAGAUUAUGUUGCCUGGGUCUGUGACCAGGAUGCAUAUGCAUGUAGUGGCCAGAAAUGCUCGGCACAAUCAUUGUUAUUUAUUCAUGAGAACUGGUCUAAAGAUUCUCUGAUAUCUAAGUUGAAAGAUCUUGCUGAGAGAAGAAAGCUAGAAGACUUGACCAUUGGUCCCGUCUUGACUGUAACAACUGAAGCAAUGCUAGAGCACAAGAAUAACUUGCUUCAGAUACCAGGUUCAAAGCUGCUCUUUGGGGGCCAGCCUUUAGAGAAACAUACAAUUCCUUCGAUAUAUGGUGCUAUAAAACCAACUGCCAUUUAUAUUCCUCUUGAGGAAAUUGUGAAGGAAAAAAAUUAUGAGCUUGUUACAAAAGAAAUUUUUGGCCCCUUCCAGGUUAUUACUGACUAUACAAGCGAUCAACUCCCAGUGGUACUAGAUGCUUUGGAGAGAAUGGAUGCACAUUUAACGGCUGCUGUAGUUUCAAAUGAUCCCCACUUUUUACAGGAAGUCGUUGGCAAAACAGUAAAUGGGACAACUUAUGCUGGUCUAAGAGCGAGAACUACUGGAGCUCCGCAGAACCACUGGUUUGGACCUGCUGGGGAUCCUAGAGGCGCAGGAAUCGGAACGCCUGAGGCGAUAAGGCUUGUCUGGUCUUGCCACAGAGAGAUUAUUUAUGAUGUCGGUCCCAUCCCCAAGAAUUGGGAAACUCCACCUUCAUCGUAAAAGUUCGAGGCAGGGGUUAAAUAAUAGUAAUACAUUAACCAUGUAGGCAAGGAGUGCGGUUUUGUCUUGCAGACAGAAGAAUGAGUUUAUGCUUUGUAGUAGCUUCUUGAGUGUGGGAAAAUAAGUUCGAAGGAAUAUGAGGUUGUUAUUGGUCUCUUUCUAACUUACACCCUGAGACAGACCUUGGAUCUUAUUCAGUGAAAUAUUAAAAAUUUAAAAUACUAAAAUUCGUUGAGGCUGAA